AUGUAAACCCUAAAAAACAAAGAAGUAAAAAAUCAAGGAAAUUGGAAUAGCUUUUUCCCUAACACUAACAAAGAAUAAUUGGAAAGUAACAACUGGAGAUAAAAUAAUUUUUCAUAAAGUUAAAAUUGGAAUGGUGAGUGCUCCUAUGUUGAAAUCAAUUAAAUAUCUAUUCCAAUUCCAUCAUUUGUUAGCCACGCAACAAAAAAUAAACUCAUACAAGCCAUUUAAGAAGUUUAAUAACAAGUAGAUAGUCACCCAACUGUUUCUUCUUUUAAAUAAAAAUUCUUAGGCAAGAUGCACACAGAUUUUUUGAAUAAGAAUUAAGAACUAUUUAAAAAAAUCAACACAUCACUAAAUAUCAAUAAAGUAGUUGAUUUAAAUCCUUCUCUAUAAUUGCACAUUGACAAUCAAAACAAAUUAUUUUAAUAAAAUCUUAAUUUAAAGAAAUAAGAUGAUGAUGCUAAAUCUGAUUCUUCAGCUAUAGAAAACUUAAUUUAGAGAUACGAAGUCAUUAACAAAGAUUUUUCACCUUUAAAAGCUGAAGAAUUUAAAUAAUUUGUUAAAAAUAUAUUUGAUAAAAAUAAUGAGUAGAGUAAUUUGGUUUUUAAUGACAUACAAUAAUAUAUGAAAAAGAAGGAAACUAAAAAUAAGCUAAAUAAUAAUAAAAACCCCUACUUGCUUAAUUUGGAGUGGAUAGAUGCAAAAUCUAGAAAAAUUAGAACUAAAUAAUAAUGUCUGAAACUCUUAAAAUUAAUUUCUCAGAAAGGAAAACUUUGA